AUGCCAUCCGGAGAAAUCUCACACCGAUAUCGUCACGUGCACCACUUCAGCCCACCGACAACGACAACUUCCGAACACGUAAAGAAAUCAGCUGAUUAUCAAACUUUUACCGGUGUUUAUGUACCCAACACGGAACUCGAUCACUGGAAACGACCCGCGUUUCUCAUAUCACGACUAGUGGAGGCUGUCUUCCGCUAUCUAAGCGAGCGGUCAGCCGUGGCCGGCCUGUGCAUCGGAUGCAAAUCCGAGCGAGGCGCGGGCAGUGCGGCCGAUGACCGGCGAGCGUACCUGGACUAG